AUGUCUAUAUCGGAACAUGCCACCGGCAAUUCUUCGAUUAAAAGUGCAGCCCCCAAAUCGACGUCGUCGACAAGUGGUGGUGGCGAUGCCGCCGCCGCCUAUUCAACAACGUCAUCAUCUCCCGCCUCAGCCACAUCGAACAACACCUCACCAUCAGCCUCAUCAUCAAAUGCCACACAAAAGUCAAAGAAAACCGCAGCGUCUGGCCUACCCGGUGCCGUCUCAAAUAUCUAUUACAAACAUGGUCUCUUUUUAUCCAGUUAUCCCACAUGUGCCACAAGUAUAGCCAUUGUUGCAAUAUUAUUUUCAUGUUACCCCCUUAUCAACAUCCCCCUGCCGGGUACAAUACCAACAAAAAUCGUCUUACCAUUUGAGGGUAAAUAUUCGCUAUUUGGUGAAGGUGGCGGUGGCGGUGAACAGCGAUCGAAUUAUUCCCUUGUCAAAAAUAUUUUCAAUGUGAAUAAUGUUUCAUAUGAACCGCAUGUACCGUGGGCGCAAAAUUCUCCCUACUUCUAUGUACAACAGAUUACGUUGCGUUCCAGUGUUCUACCCUGGACCGAUGAUAUGCAGUUAUUGGAUGCAUUUCGAGCGCCACUCUAUGAAGUAUUUCGUUUGUUGGAAAUUGUGCGAAAUCAUGAAACGGCUGAAAAUCAACGCACUUUGGAUAAAAUCUGUUUACGUGUGGAUAAUGUCAAGCGACCACAAAACGAACAAAUUUUUCCGGAAUAUGAUUGUUUGGUGCUGUCGCCGGCCAAUCUCUGGGGCCAAAGUAUACAAAAUUUUACCGGUGAUGCAAAUAUAUUGAAUACCGUAUUUCAAUAUCAUAAUAUACAAAAAACCAAAGUCUCCACCUCGGAAAUGCUGUUCGGCCUGCCCAUGCAGGAUACCGGUUUCAAGCGUUAUCCGCUACGAUCACGUUCACGCAUAAUACAAUAUGCCAUCACAUUGAUAUUGAAACAGAAUGAUCGUGAAUAUAUACAAUCGUUAAAGGAAAAGCUGCUCAAAUAUUAUCCACCACCACAAAUCAAUCAGCAGCAACAGGGAACCACGACCACCCCAACAUCAACCCAUAAACCUCAACAAUUAACCGAAAAAUCUUCCAUAACAUAUAUUUUUUAUCCGGGCGAAUUUAAAAUGUGGGAAUUUUUACCCCUUUCUAUUGCUUUCGUUCUGCUCUUUACCUAUGUUUAUUUUUCGGUGCGAAAAAUCGAUGUUAUACGUUCGCGUUGCUUGUUGGCCUUUUGUGCUGCCAUUACCAUUCUGGGUAGUUUAGUGAUGUCCCUAGGGCUGUGUUUCUUUUUCGGUUUAACCAUUAGCCUGCAAUCGAAGGAUAUAUUUCCGUAUUUGGUGAUAUUGUUAGGUUUGGAGAAUUGUCUAGUUAUAACGAAGUGUGUUGUCUCCACCGACGAAACCUUCGAUGUGAAAAUCCGUGUCGCCCAGGCCUUGAGCAAAGAAGGUUGGCACAUUUCCAAAACUCUGCUAACCGAAAUAACCAUACUGACAAUUGGUUUGGCCACCUUUGUACCGGUAAUUCAAGAGUUCUGUGUAUUUGCCAUUGUCGGUCUACUAUCCGAUUAUAUGUUACAAAUGUUGCUAUUUUCCACCAUAUUAGCGAUGAACAUUAAACGACCGGAAUACUCGACCGAGGCCAAACAUUUGCCCAAAAUGAUGUUAUCCUUUACGGGCGGCGGCGGCAGCAACUCACCUACAUCCAGUGCGGUGGGUGGUUAUGGUGGACCAUUUGCCAGCAAUGGACGUCCUGAUUUUCGAUUUUUUGGCAAUUCAACGGCGGCCAAUGGUUUUGCCCCGCUACCCUUUGGUGCGGGUAAUUUUCAUCGUUCACAAUCACAUCCUAAAUUGGCUUUUGUUGAUUUUGCCAACGUUCCGGCGGCGGCUGGUCAAGAAAUGAAACGUUCCUCAAUUGCAUUGGGCAACAACAACAAUCAUCAUCAUCAUCCCGACAUACCCAAACGUUUGAAAAUUGUCAAUUUUUGGGCCCGCACCCGUUUCUUCCAGCGCGCCUUUAUGGUAUGGAUGAGUGUGUGGAUCUGUUCGAUUAUCUACAAUUCGGGAUAUCUGGAAAAUCUAUUUGUGGUCGAUGGUAAUCGUACUGCUGGCACGGGUGGCAUCUAUGGCGGGAACUAUGAUAUCCAUCGUAAUUGGAUGGCGGGCCGUGGGGCGGUAUCAAAUUUCUUUUCCAAUGUUCAUUCGGCAAUUAAUUCGGGUGGGACUGGGGAUUCCAUACACCACGAUGAUGAUCACAAUCCCUAUGGGGGUAAUAGUGUUUUUGGCAACAAUGCUGGUGGCCUUAAUGCGGGACAUGAAGGUACUGGCGGCUCACCCUUUGAAGGUCAUAUCAACGAAACGGAGGCGGAAUUGAAACGUUUACUUUAUCCCGAUUAUGAAAUCAAUUAUUUCCUAUCGAACUUCCAUUGGUCCACAAUAAUGAAGCAGUACAAUGUAUCGCUGCGAGGGCGUUAUGUCACGAUUUUACCCACCAUAAAACUGUCCCAUGCCAUAAGUCCCGAAAAGGCCGUGCGUGGUCGUAAUCCCCACGAGAAGGUGGUACAAAAUUUCCAAUGGAAAGCAUUGGCGGCCGCAUUGGAUCCUUUGGAUUUUAGUGAUGAUGAAAACCGUGAAUCCCCCAUGGUAAUGCCGGGUGGCACCCCUCUCUUUCCCAAAAGUCCCAUGGAAAUCUUUUUUGCCAUUACCCUAUGCUGUAUAAGUGUUUUUGUUCUGUGCUACACCAUGGUGGUGUUCUAUCGUUGUAUCUGCACGCGUAACUAUGCAGAAUGGCGUUCCAGUUGGAAUGAAUCAUCAGAAUUUACCCAGAAAACCGAGCAGAUCCUAGAAGGUGUUCCUAUACAAAUUGCUGGACAUAAACAUCGCAUUGAAUGCUUGGUAUCGGAUGGGGCCAAUAUUAUAAGUUGUUGCUUGAAGGGUCAAAUUAAAGUGUGGGAUGCCAGAAGUGGUGAAAAUAUCACCACCAUCAACCGCGGUGAUAUCCAGGUAACAACCCAUCGUGAGGAUGGUGAGGUUGUGGUUAGGAAAUUAAAUUCCUCACCCGUUUGGUGUUUGGAUUAUUUUGAUAAUUUAAUUGCGGUGGGCUGUGCCAAUGGACGCAUUGAAUUAUGGGAAAUGCCAUCUGGUAUUUUGAAGUGCACUUAUCACGAAGAUUCCAAACGUAAUCAGGGUAUAACACACAUAAAUUUAAAUGGUGAUCGCGUGAUUGUGGCCCGCCUCUGCGGCCGUCUAGACUUUUAUCGUCUGGAGACCUAUUACAAGGGCAAACAAAUUGAUUGGGGUUUUACCUCGGCUUAUCGACGAACCCAUGUUCGCACCAAUUCAACGGGUAGCAUUGGUCUGAUGCAUCACCAGCAGCAGCAGCAACAACAACAUCAUCAUCAGCAACAGUCGCGCAAUGAACGAACAACAAACGAAGAAAUGAAAUGCACGCUGAGGGGGGUUCGUUUGGCCCAUCAACAGCCCAUUACCUGUAUGGAGGUGGUAAAUGAGAUGGUAUUUACCGGUAGUCAGGAUCAUACUCUGAAGGUUUACAGUUUAAAUAACAGCGAUAUUGAAUAUACCCUACAUGGACAUUGUGGUCCGAUAACAUGUCUAUUUGUGGAUCGAUGGCAACCGGGUACCGGUGGUUCAGGUUCCCAGGAUGGCCUGUUGUGUGUAUGGGAUCUAUAUACAGGUGCGUGCAUGUAUAAUAUACAAGCACACGAUGGUGCCGUCAGCUGUUUGGCAUGUGCCCCAAGUUAUGUUAUAUCAUUGGGCACCGAUGAACGUAUUUGUGUGUGGGAACGAUUCCAGGGUAAUCUGCUAACCACAAUUAAUAUAUCGAAUGCAUAUUCGAGUCUUUUAAUGUUGACACCAUCACUGUUGGUGACCAGCAAAAUGGGAUCUCUCAUCGUUUGGGAUGUACGCACCGGAGAACCGGCUCGUGAAGUUAAAUUAGAUUUCUCCAAUUUACAUUUAUGUCCAAAGGCUAUGAUGUUGGCCUAUGAUUCUGUGGUCUGUGACUACGGCAAUGAGAUACGUGUUGUACGUUUUCCCAUUGUGGGCGAUAAAUCUAAUUAA